GCCAUAUAUAAUGGCAUGGAUAGUUUGAAUAAUGUAAAUAAACAAUUUUACACGUAUGCAAGUAUUUAACAUUUUACACGUAUGAGAAUGGUUGAAGAUAAUCAUGAUAAGUUUUCAAUAUUACUCCCGACAUACAACGAAAGGGAGAAUUUGCCAAUUAUUGUGUGGUUAAUAAUAUCUUACAUGGAAAAAAGAGGGUACAGUUUUGAGAUCAUCGUGAUAGACGACGGCAGCCCGGACGGAACACAGGAGGCGGCCAGGCAGCUGGAGCGGAUCUACGGCUCGGAGAAGAUCGUGCUGCGGCCGAGGGAGAGGAAGCUGGGCCUGGGAACAGCCUACGUUCACGGGAUCAAACACGCGACCGGGAACUACAUCGUGAUCAUGGACGCGGACUUGUCACAUCACCCCAAGUUCAUUCCACAGUUCAUAGAGAAGCAGAGGUCGCGGGACUUCGAUGUGGUGUCCGGGACGAGGUACGCUGAAGGGGGCGGAGUGUUCGGGUGGGACUUCAAGCGCAAGCUCAUUAGUCGAGGAGCAAACUUCCUGUCGCAGUUGCUUCUACGACCCGGCGCCUCAGAUCUCACUGGAAGUUUUAGGCUGUACAAGAAGGAGGUCCUGGAGAAGCUUGUGGCUUCGUGCGUGUCCAAAGGCUACGUGUUCCAGAUGGAGAUGAUCAUCCGUGCGCGCCAGCACGGCUUCACUGUCGGCGAGGUACCUAUAACUUUUGUGGACAGACUGUAUGGUGAAUCUAAGCUUGGAGGUUCAGAAAUAUUCCAGUUUGUGAAAUCAUUGUUAUACUUGUUUGCAACUACGUAAUUAUUUUAAAAAUUUAUAUUUUGUAAUAUAUCUUAUUGUUUUUAUUCUUUAUUAAAUUGUGUGAAUAAUGAGAA